AUGGUGCCAUCUCGGGCCCGCCUCCUGAAACUGGCACGGGUGGCUCCAGAGGCCUCUGGCACGAACUUACUCCCCGAUUGGUUCUUAGAGCGGGCAGAGCGGGCGAACUGUGUGAUCACGAGUCGCUUGACGGCUCCCAAGUCGUCAUUCCCCUGUUCAGGGGCUGCCGAGACUACCCGCCGCUUGGGAGGGGCGUUCCCUCGAUUUCCGCCUGCCAGCCCCGGGCUCAGCCGUUCCUAUCCUGCUUCUCCUGAGUUCUCUGAAUGGUUCAAGUUCGCGGCUGUGACGAUCAACAUAUGCAGGCGCAGCGUCGAGCUCUAUCACGGUGAGACAGAAGAGCUAAUGCUGCCGGAAACUUCCUACCCCAUGCUUUUUGACCAACUGGAGAUCACGCGUCGUGCGUGAACAGCCCAACAGCCAUCAAGACCUGCCCCAUCUGGCAUCUCCGAGAACUCUGCCUUACCAUCGAGUGGCGUGGAUCCCUGAUGAUGUGCGAGAAGAUGAAGCGAGGGGGGAAUCAUCUGUUCAGCACAGUCGCCUGGUGUGGCCCGGCAGUGGAGUGAUUGGCACAAAGGGGAAGCGGUUACGUGUCUGCCUCCUCCAUCCGACCCGCCCUGGUCUUGGACAACAAAGGGAGACAGCAGGAAGACACCGGGCUGGGCUCCUGCAGGCUAUGGGACUCGUGUGGUUCAGCUGCGAGCAUAUAAGCUGGACGAUG